AUGACCACCACCACCACCACAGGCCUCAUCCCCAACUGGUACCCGCCCAACCGGCCCAACUACGACCUGAUCCUCACCCUCUGGCAAUUCUUCCCGCUGGCCGCCUCCCUCCAAUGGGCUCAUCCCCUGAUCAAUCCGGAAAGACUGGUGGAGGAGGGAGGGUUGCCGUGGCAGAAUAAAUUGCUGGGCGGGCUGUUUGUGACGCACUACCUGUACCGGGCGGUGGUGUUCCCGUUUCUGCAGCCGAGCAUGUCGCCGCUGCAUGUGAUUAUUUGGGCGUCGGGGGUGUUUUUCCAGGUGACGAAUGGGCUGGCGAUUGGGGGGUGGUUGGCGGGGUAUGGCCCCGCGACGCAGGCGGAGUGGGCGGCGGCGACGGGGUCGUGGCAGUUUGUGGGCGGGGUGGGGGUGUUUUUUGCGGGGCUGGCGGCGAAUUAUUGGCAUGAUGAUGCGUUGAGGGAGAUUCGAAGGCGGGCGGCGAGGAGGGCGGCGAGUGGGAAGAAGGGGGAUGGGAAGAGUGCUGCGGUGGACAAGGUGUAUGAGAUUCCGCAGGCGGGGCUGUUCAAGGUGAUGCUGUACCCGCACUACUUUGUGGAGUGGGUCGAGUGGUUUGGGUUCUGGAUGGCGGCUGGCUGGGGGUGCGUGCCGGCGAGGUGCUUCCUGUUCAACGAGAUCGCGGCGAUGCUGCCGCGGGCCGUGAGCGGGCGCAAGUGGUACGUGGAGAAGUUUGGGGAGGAGAAGAUUCGCGGGCGGUGGGCGGUUAUCCCGGGGGUUUGGUAG